GUCACAUUGCUCAUUACUGUCAUAUUUCCAAUAUUUUAUCUUCUAUUGGUUAAUUUGUUUGUUGAAUAAAAAUAACACCUUAGAAGUGUCCUAUACAGUUUUAAAUAAAACGAUUUCAUCAAGUGUGAUAUAAAGAUGCCAGAAUCAGAAUCAGUAGAAACUGUAGAUCGAAAACAAGAAUCGAAGCUUGAAAACAUUCCCAGAAAGCGGAUACGGCAUCGUAAACGACAAUUAUACGAUAACAUUAUAAAGCAAAUGGAAUUUUACUUUAGCGAUGCAAACUUAAGCAAGGAUCGGUAUCUCAAUGAAUUAGUUAACAAGGAUCCAUACGUUCCUAUUAGCGAAUUUUUAAAAUUUAAUAAAAUAAGCUCAAUGACUCAAGAAAUCCACGAUAUCGCGAAAGCUUUAUCACAUUCCACAUUCUUAGAACUCUCUGAAGAUAAACUUAAGGUUAGGAGAAAAACCCCAUUAUUGCCUUAUGAUGUUGAUGCAAGAACUGUUUAUGUAGAAUCAAUACCCGUAAAAGCAACACAAGAUUGGUUAAAGAAAGUUUUCUCCAAUUAUGGUCAUGUAGCAUACAUUUCGCUACCAAAAUUUAGAAAUACACAAAGAAUUAAGGGUUUUGGUUUUAUUGAGUUUGAAAAACCUCAAGAAGCUCAGAAAUGUAUUAAUGCUUUUAUAAAAAUGGGCUGCAAAUUACCAACAUGUAUGCCACCCGAGGAACUUUCUUCUAUAAAAAUGUUUUCAAUAGACGAACCACCAAAUGAUGCAAAUGAAAGUAAAGAGGAAUAUGAACCACCAAGGAAGAAAAACAAAAAAUCAAAAGAUAAAAAGAAGAAUCUUGAACUAAAGAUUGAACAUGAUUCGGAUUCUGAAAGAAGAGUGGAAACACCAAGUGAAGAAAAUAAAAGUAUAGCAACACCAUCAGAGGAAGGUAAAACAACAGAUGCCGAAUCAAAAGACGAAAUGACAAGUCAAGAUGAAUCAAAAAAUGAUGGAUCACCACGUCGGAAGAAGAAAAUUAAGAAGAGAAAGACAAAAAAUGGUGCAAAAGAUAAGACCAAAUUGAAUAAGACGGAAGUUCAAAACGGAUUAUGGGGUUUGCAAGUGCUACCAAAGUGUGAAUGGAAAGCGCUUAGAAAUAAAUAUCUCAACUUGCAAAGGAAAUAUAUGAAAGAAGCUCGAGCUAUGCAUCACAGUAAGAAAAAUGUGUAUACAGCCAUACCAGCGUCUGCCGCGCCUACAUUAGAAGGCGAAUCAGAGAUAGAAAGCAGUAAAACUGUAGCACCCUUGGAGAGAAUACCGGGUGUGUUUGUGGAGGAGGUGUUGCCUGAACCUUGCCUUGAUGUCAGGCUUGUUAAAAGAACUAUUAAAACCAAUAUCCACGCUCAACAUGUGGAGGCUAAAGAGGGACUCUCAGAGGUCAUCAUUCGCUUUGAUUCUGCCAAAGCUGCUGAUGAGUACUGCACAAAUUCAAACAACCGCGCUCGGGUACUCUGCGGAGCGGAGGAACAGGAGCAGUGGGUGCGUGCGGAGGAGUCGCGCGCUGCGGGGAAGCGCCCCCGCGCUCGACCCCGCCUCCCCCCAGCCCACGCACACACAUAUACGAUUCGACGUGUGAAAUACAACAAAUCACAUCUUUCAAACUUGUUUUUUUAAAUACAUAAAAAUUUACACACUGUAUAAAAAUCUGUUUAUACUGUGAAAAUGUAUUAGCAGAAUUAAAUAUGUAAAAAAGCAAUAAGGAUGAUGUGUACAUGACUAGUGAAUUAUUUUCUUAAACUUUGUGUGUAAUUAUGUAUUUU